UCUCUUUUUUUUUCUCUCUAUAAUAUUGGUAUUAUUUUUAUUUUUUAUUGUUGGUUUUUCUCUCUUCAAAUUUUCUCGGAAAAUAUUUGGCAAUGGCGAUGAGGAAGCCCCUGACGCAGCAGCGUCUCUUCAACAUCUCGAAGAUGGCGUCGCAAAGCCUCAUGAACUGCCGUAUAUCGUCGUCUUCGUUGGCCGUGAGGACCCGGAUUCCGAAAGAUCCCGGCGAAUCCGAUAUUGUUCCGGAGCCAGGAGAUAGCGGCGUUAUCCGGAGGUUUCUGCAUCAGAGUUCCAUGAUUCGGCCGGAUAUCCUGAAGACGCCGAUGGGAGGGAAUCUGAUUGAGAAGCUCCGGGAGAUGGAUUUGCUGGGGGAACGGAUGCGUUUAGAAGGACUUGCUCAGCCGGUGAAAUCUGCCGCGGCAGUUUCCGAGGAGAUGACGGCGGCGGGGCUGACGGUGGAGGACGCCAGGAAGUUUCUGAGAGCGGCGCAGAUCGAGGCCGUGAAAUCGAGGCUGAGAGAGACCGGGAGGAGCUGGAUUCCGUACGCGGAGUUCGUCCGCGUCUGUGGAGAAGCAUGUUCCGACUCCGAUCAAGGAUCGCAGAUCGCGAAGAUCCUGGACGAUUCCGGAAACGUCAUCGUUCUGGGAAAAUCGGUCUGCCUCAGGCCUGAUCAGGUCACGAAAUCAAUUGAAGGCCUACUUCCUCUUCCGCACGUUCACAACCCGAACGACCCCAGAAGGAAAGAGCUCGAUGAGCUUGAAGCAAAGAAAGCCGUGAUCGACAAGAAAGCAGGUGCCAUGGUCCAGAGAGAGCUCUGGGCUGGUCUUGGUUACUUGAUCCUCCAGACCGCUGGGUUCAUGAGGCUCACCUUUUGGGAACUCUCGUGGGACGUGAUGGAACCCAUCUGCUUCUACGUCACGUCCGUUUACUUCAUGGCCGGUUACGCCUUCUUCCUCCGGACAUCGAAAGAGCCAUCUUUCGAAGGGUUUUACCAGAGCCGGUUCGAAGCCAAACAGAGGAAACUGAUGAACCGUCAUGAGUUCGAUGUCGGCAGGUACGAGGAGCUGAAGAAGCUGUUUCACCCCAAGGCUUCAUCUUCUGCUGCCCCUCAGAUUGCCGGUGUUCUCCCCAAUCAAUUUUGAUUUACUCCAUAUGAUCUGAUCGAAACCAUUACAAUGGUUGUCUGAUUAUCCUGACCGGAGCUUAUCCUCUCUACCCCCCAAGCAAAAAAAAAAAUGAAUAGUUAUAGGUGAAAUUUAAUUUCAAUAUCUUUGAUAUUAUAAUAACGUUUUGUUCGAGUAGGUGCGGCUACAGAGACAUCCCGGAAGAGUAUGUUCUUAUUUCCAUUUCUCUUUUUAUCUGUUGUGUUUUUUUUUUCCGUGACUGCGCAUGUGACCGAUCCAAUACGUUGUGAUCGCUCAUCAAUCACGGUUUAUUUGUAACACAAAAUUAAUAAAAAAAACUGAUAAAUGAUCAGUAUUAACCAUA